AUGGCUUCGAGAGAAAAGGGAGAAAACAUGUUAAUGGUAGCAGCCAUAGACUUUGGAACAACAUACUCGGGAUAUGCUUAUGGAAUGCGACAUGAACUAGAGGAAGAUCCUCCACAAUUAUUUUGUCCACAUUGGCAAGGGAGAGGGAGUAUCAUCUCAUUUAAAGCCCCUACAACUGUCCUGCUGGAUGAGAACAAAGAGUUUGUCGCCUUUGGAUACGAUGCUGAGGACCAAUAUGCAGAUCUCGCAGAAGAAGAGAAACACGAAGAUCAUUUUUAUUUUUAUCGAUUCAAAAUGAUGCUCUAUGAAAAAGUUCGCCGAGGGCGACUAACGAUGAACACAACCGUUCCAGACAUUUUAAAUCGAGAAGUACCUGCUGUAGAGAUUUUUACACACGCCAUACAUUACUUAAAAGAACACCUUUUAAAAGAUGUGAAACAGAGAGCAGCCCAUGAAGUUGAGGAGACAGAUAUCCUAUGGCUGGUUACUGUUCCCGCAAUUUGGGACGAUCCUGCUAAACAAUUCAUGAGACAGGCCGCAGAAAAGGCAGGUAUAGACAGAGACAAACUACGAAUCGCACUAGAACCAGAGGCGGCUUCCAUUUGGUGCAAGCAUUUACCUGUGGAAAAACUCAAAGGAAGUGAUAACAGAAUAGACUCUUUUCAAGUGGGCAGCAAAUAUCUCGUUCUGGACGCAGGAGGUGGUACAGUUGACAUAACUAUUCAUGAGGUAAAAGACGGCGGAAAGAUCCGAGAAUUGGCGAAGGCCAGUGGUGGUGACUGGGGUGGAAUCAACGUUGAUAACGCUUUUAAGGCCGCACUGGUACAUAUUGUUGGAGAAACCUUGAUGGAGGAGUUUCGUCAUGAAUGUACGGCCGACUACAUCGAGUUAUUCAGGGACUUUGAAAUAAAAAAGAGAAAAACUAACGAAAGCAACGACGUCUUUGUCACUUUGAAAAUACCACUAAGUUUCGUAGACAUGUGUGGAAACCUGAAGGGAAUGAUUUCAUCUUCCAAAUACAACGGGGAAAUAAGGCUAGAAUCAGAUAAAUUAAGAAUAAGCCGUUCGACUUUUGAUGGGUUUUUUAAACCCACUUGCGACAAAGUUGUUGACCACGUAAGAGAACUUCUGGGUUCACAGAGGGCAAGAGGCGUAGACUUCAUCCUCAUGGUGGGUGGAUUUUCAGAGUCACAGGUCUUGCAAGAUGCAAUAAAAGGAGCCUUCUGUUCAAACUAUCGUGUCAUAAUACCUCAGGAAGCAGGACUGGCUGUGCUAAAGGGUGCUGUGCUUUUCGGCAAGAACCCAACCAUCAUCGACUGUCGAAUUGCUCAAAGAACGUACGGAAUUGCUUCUUCUACAACUUUCAACCCGGAAAUACACAGAGAAGCAAAGAAGUUCAGAGUAAAUGGCGUGGACAAAUGCGACGGCCUUUUCAGCAGGCAUGUAAAGAAAAACGAUGAACUGAAGCUGAACGUAGCACAAGCAGAAAAGACAUAUACCCCUCUAAAAUCUAACCAAACGAGUAUGCGGAUUUCCUUGUAUAAAUCAGAAAACGAUAACCCCAUGUAUAUAGAUGAUCCAGGAUGCAAAUAUCUAGGAAGUUAUGAUGUCGAUAUGCAAGACACUACUGGCGGAUUAGACAGAAAAGUCAAGGUUAGCUUGCUCUUUGGGGACACUGAAAUAGAGGUUCAGUCUUUGGUUGUAAGGACCGGUGAUAAAACGUCAAGACAAUUUGAGUUUCUUGAAGAUGAACCUUAAAUGUUUUUUCCUGAAGUUUGAAGGACAAGUGUGUUGACAUUAUUUAUUUAC